CUCGCUUCCCCUUUGUGUCCUUGCGUGGUUCUUCCUCUGAACGCCCUCUGUGGACCAGUCAUUCGUUCAAUUUCAAUUCUUCACCACGCCAGUGGACGUUUUCUCCUUCUUUCCCUCUGUUUUCGCCAAUGAUAUUUCGCUUCUGAAACUGAGCCCCCUGUUACUCUCGAACUUGUCGCGAUCACCGCCGCAUUUUUUUUUUCAGAGAAAGACGAGGACUCGAAUCAGUGCUAAGGCAGGAUACAACAUGAUCGGGCGCUGCGGCCAAUUUGCUUAAGAGGUUGACCAUUGAGCUGCGAGCAUUCCAACGAAUACCCAGUAAUACGCUCCGUGAGCAAACGAGCAACACCAUGUCCGGCACCUGUAUUUCACUAUCAGGCUCAACGCAAUGCCCAGCCUUCAAUGCGUCUUCAAUUUCCACGAACUCUAAUCUCUACACCGAUUUCCCGUUUCUGCGAAACGUUACAAACUUGAGCGAAUUCGAUGCUGCCCUUAACAGUUAUGUACUGGGCUCAUACAUUCAGAGCAAGUAUUCCGUAUUCCUGGGCUGCCAGGGCGAUCUCUCCAACGCCAGUGAUUACUAUGCGCGGUAUACCACAAGUGCCAUCUGCAGCGGUUUAGUCCAGAGCUCCGAGAGCGACUGUGAUCUGUCUGCUGAACAGUCACGACCUCUCUGUGCCGAAGAUUGCGCAUUGAUGGCUUCAAGCGAGGAGGAGAUCGUGGUUAAUGACGAGCUUUGCCCGGACAGACGAAGUGACUAUCUAAACCAGAUCCGCUCAGAUUUCGCUGUCUGCACUGGCCCUGACGGUUCUCUCACUGGUUCUUGCAUAUCGGCGGCAGACAAUGAACCCAACGAAUGCGGCUUCCGAUCGAACCUCAUCGGUCUAUGCGGAUUCUGCGCGUCCAGCACCGUCAACUCGACCGAUUCUUGUUGUGUAAAUGCGAACGCUUCAAGUCGAUGCGAAGGAGUAGAUCUGCCGACCCCGACCACGUCCUUUAUUCCCAUAUACACGACCGGAACAGAUGCGGGAAAUGAUACGGAUAACGGCUUAUCAGGAGGCCAAAUUGCGGGCAUUGUCAUAGGCUCUGUGGCUGGGUUCGCCAUUCUUGCAGUUCUCAUAGCGUUUGGCUUAAUCUAUUACUGGCGACGGAAGCGUGAGGCGACCGACGAUAACUCUUUAAACAAACCGAACCCGCAAAGAAAAGGAUCUCCCAUGCAACAGCCUGGGAACCAAGCUUUCGGUGUCGCUCCUGGACGUGUCGCCAGAAUGUCCGCGCUUCGUGAGGCCCCAAGCUCUUCUCCAGGACACUCUCGCAGUUCGGGAGCCUUCCUUGGUGGUAGUGCCAAGUACAGUGAUUCUUCCGACUCUGAAGGCUUCGCAAGCCCUGGCGCCAUCAACAAAAAGAUUCCACCGACAACUGGUAAACGACAAGGUUCACUUUCCAGCAAUUCGGCUCUGGCUGGCGUCGGUAGUGAUACUUCUCCUCGCUCAGGUACAAUAGGACAGUACUCUUCGCCGGAAGGGCUGACCAGUGGACAGUCGGAGCAGCUAUCUUCUUUUCAAGAUUAUUACUCGCAGGACGACAUCCAUCCCGGUGAUAAGGUUGCAGUGCUCUGGGCUUAUCAACCGCGGGCGGGUGACGAGUUUGGCCUAGAACGCGGCGAGAUGAUUAAGGUGAUAGGCAUCUGGGAUGAUGGAUGGGCGACGGGUGUCCGCGUACCCGAGAGCGCAGAAGAGUACGAUGCUAGACAUCGCGAGCAACGUGAUAGCGGCGUGUCGGGUCGCUCGCAGAGGACGUCACCAGCUCCAUCAGGCGAGAUCAAGGCAUUCCCAUUGGUUUGCGUCUGUCUCCCACAACACUGGAGAAAGAUCAUUGAUGGUGCACAAGGAGAUGAUGAAGUAGCAGAAAGAUAUUGA